CAACUUUCUCUAUUUUCAACCAGGGGUUUUAGGUGGGUUUUUGCAGAAACCAUACCACUGAACCCUGAAAUCGGACCCCAUUGCAUCUUGAAAUGGUGCUCCGACUUGCCCACCGGCUCACCCGCUGCUCUCUUUCCUCCCUUCUAAUCCAUGAUUCUUCCUCUACUUGUGAGGCAUUUCUGAAAGUGGGUUGUAGGAGUUAUUGCACGGCAACCUGGAAACCAAUUAGGAAUUUGUUUCCUUUGAAUUCUAUUAGUGCUCCAUUAGCUUGUAUCGCAAGGACUUCAUACACACACUCGUCGCAUCCUUUUACACAGGUCUUGAGGCAUGAACAAUUCUGCGCUACUGCAGGAAAUGAGGAAAAGCAAAAAAUAUCUGUAACCUUUGUCGACAAGGAUGGAGAAGAGCAGCAUAUUAAGGUCCCUGUCGGAAUGUCUAUGUUAGAAGCUGCACAUGAAAAUGACAUUGAACUUGAAGGAGCAUGUGAAGCGUCACUUGCCUGUUCCACGUGUCAUGUGAUUGUUAUGGAUGUGGAGUACUACAACAAGCUAGAAGAUCCAACAGACGACGAAAAUGACAUGUUGGAUCUUGCGUUUGGCCUCAGUGACACGUCACGUCUAGGUUGUCAAGUAAUUGCAAAACCUGAACUUGAUGGAAUUCGGUUAGCUCUCCCUGUUGCCACAAGAAACUUUGCUGUCGAUGGCUAUAAGCCGAAACCACAUUAGGAUUUCUACCAUAGAUGAAGGAUUAAUGGUCCAUGUCUAACAAACAUAAGAACCAACAAAUUUUGUGGGAUGACAAUACUUAUAGUGAUCAUUUGAUUACAUAUUUACUUGUAUCACUGGAAAUAAUCCUUCCUGCAUUAAUUGUGGAUGUUUUUUUUUUUCAAUAGCAGCAAUACCAUACAUCAGUUCUGCAUUAACUUCUGUAUUCUUUUAUAUCGAAUUCAAUGUAAAAUAAUUAUACAUGUAUUAGCACUCAUAUAAAUGACAUGAAGUUCAUAUUAUAACUUGUUAA